GGGAUCUGUAGAACAGAGUCAAUGAGUAAAGGAGGCACUGGGCUGUGGUAACGCUGUUUGCAGGAUCUCACACCCUCCUCGGCUUCAGCCAAACAGACUUAACCCCUUGGUUUCCAACAACAAAAACUGGUCGUCACGGCGUCUCCCAGGGCUAUAUAUUGAGCUAGGACUUCCAGGGAGACUCAAACACAUCCAUUCUUCGCUGAACCCAUCACGUCAGCCAGAAGAAAGACAAAAUGCGUGAGUGCAUCUCAGUCCACGUCGGUCAGGCAGGAGUCCAGAUGGGCAAUGCAUGCUGGGAGCUGUAUUGCCUGGAGCACGGGAUCCAGCCGGACGGCCAGAUGCCCAGCGACAAGACCAUCGGAGGAGGAGACGACUCCUUCAACACCUUCUUCAGCGAGACUGGAGCCGGGAAACACGUCCCCCGCGCCAUCUUUGUUGAUCUGGAGCCCACUGUAAUCGAUGAGGUGCGCACAGGUACCUACCGGCAGCUGUUCCACCCCGAGCAGCUCAUCACUGGCAAAGAAGACGCAGCUAACAACUAUGCCCGCGGACACUACACCAUCGGCAAGGAGAUCAUCGACCUGGUGCUGGACAGGACCCGCAAACUGGCUGACCAGUGCACAGGUCUCCAGGGAUUCCUCAUCUUCCACAGCUUCGGCGGAGGCACCGGCUCCGGCUUCACCUCCCUGCUGAUGGAGCGCCUCUCCGUCGACUACGGCAAGAAGUCCAAGCUUGAGUUUGCUAUCUACCCAGCCCCCCAGGUGUCCACUGCAGUGGUGGAGCCCUACAACUCCAUCCUGACCACCCACACCACCCUGGAGCACUCCGACUGCGCCUUCAUGGUGGACAAUGAGGCCAUCUACGACAUCUGCCGCAGAAACCUGGACAUCGACCGCCCCACGUACACCAACCUCAACAGGCUGAUUGGCCAGAUCGUGUCUUCAAUCACUGCCUCCCUCAGAUUCGAUGGUGCCUUGAAUGUGGACCUGACAGAGUUCCAGACCAACUUGGUGCCCUACCCACGUAUCCACUUCCCCCUGGCCACCUAUGCUCCAGUCAUCUCCGCUGAGAAGGCCUACCACGAGCAGCUGUCUGUGGCUGAGAUCACCAACGCCUGCUUCGAGCCAGCCAAUCAGAUGGUGAAGUGCGACCCUCGUCAUGGCAAGUACAUGGCCUGCUGUCUGCUGUACCGUGGUGACGUGGUGCCCAAAGAUGUCAACUCUGCCAUCGCCACCAUCAAGACCAAGCGCACCAUCCAGUUUGUGGACUGGUGCCCCACUGGCUUCAAGGUGGGCAUCAACUACCAGCCCCCGACUGUGGUGCCGGGCGGAGACCUGGCCAAGGUGCAGAGGGCCGUGUGCAUGCUGAGCAACACCACCGCCAUCGCUGAGGCCUGGGCCCGUCUGGACCACAAGUUCGACCUGAUGUACGCCAAGAGGGCCUUCGUGCACUGGUACGUGGGCGAGGGCAUGGAGGAGGGCGAGUUCUCCGAGGCCAGAGAAGACAUGGCCGCCCUGGAGAAGGAUUACGAGGAGGUGGGCACAGACAGCGUCGCAGACGACGGCGAAGAGGAGGGGGAGGAGUACUAAAGUUCUGAACUCUUUUCUUCAUCAAUGUCAUGUAAAAUGACUCAAGAUAUAUUUGUGGAUAUUUGAAUUAACAUAUGUCCUCACUUUGAAUGCUUGAUCAUGAUUAAAAGUGUCACUAAUACACAACUAAUACAUAACGUUCAUGGUGUUUUCCUCAAGGUUCAAUCAAAGGCCCACUUAAAUAUGUGAACUUUUUUUUUUAAUCGCUUAUUUAUUUUCCAUACUUCUGAUAUAAUCAUGCACCAAAUAACACACAUUUCUACAAUAAAGAAUAUCAAAAUGACAGAUCUUUCACUGUGCCGUGACUGAAUGUUAAACACAGACAGCAUCCAACCUUCAUAUCCUUAUUUUAAUCAUAUGCAAAUAUGCAGUGAAUAACAGCCACACUGUCUUUACAAGUUGUGUUGCAGUAAAGUGUACAACUAACAUUACCCACUUCCCCCAGACCUCUUAACGACCCUGUAUGUAUGCCGCCUAGGGUCACAUUUUAACCCAUUAACCAUUAAUUGCCCCAGCACUUAAUGCCUCUUUACUGAACUUCACUACUCAGAGAGUAUGCCCGCUUUCCUCGGGAUAAAUAAAGUAUCCAUGUAUCUA